AUGUACAGCAAGAACCUCUUCUAUAACAUCUUCAAGUGGUUCAUCGUCAAAAUACGCACUUUACCUAGCAUUCUUUGUAAGCUGAAACGGGGCAAUCAAACUCGGAUGAGUAUUUCACCAUUGGCAGUACAAUUGGCGCUGCAAGAACAUAAUAAUCCAUACGCACCACCUAGUUAUCGAGUUCCACCACCUAAUCAACCAUCAGUUGGUGAAGAUUUACCACCGUCGUACUCAUCAAUUGCUGCACAGAAAUGA